GCAACUUUCUAAUUCCCGUGUCUAGACUUCGAAGAGGACCACGCGCCGUCCACAGACACUGGCGCAGACAACUUUUGCACUCCACCAUCCGCUGCCUCAACAGAAUGCCUCUCCGUUCACACACGCGCCUCUUCCACACCGUGCACAUACUUCUCCACCUCCUCCAGCACCCCCACCACAACAUCAGCCGUAUCCUGGCUAUGCAUAUCCAUACGCGGGUUAUGGAGCGUAUCCCGGCUACCCGUAUCCUGGUCAGCCUGGUCAGACAGCCAACAAGGCAAUAACGGCGACGUUCAAGACGACUUUCCAAUCUGCUGCGAGCGAGACUGUCCCGUCAGGUGUGGAAAGGGACAGCGCAUCAGAAGAGGCAAGCGAUACCUGGGAAGCUGCGCAGCACAUCUUGCAGGCCAUCAACUUCGGCUCGCUGCAGAACAUCGCUUCGUCGUCAUCGAGUAGUGCAUCUGGCGGUGCACUGCCGGCGCCAGCAAUGGCUAGUCUAGACUUGAGUGGGGGCGCAUCGUCAUCGUCAGCUGGCGUAACACCACAAGCCAUUGCUGUGGGCGAAGAUGGGCUGGGACGUGCGACACUCACCGACGAGGAGCGUGCGUCGUUACAAGCACAGUUGGCAUUGCUUGCCGCUCAGCUUAGUGAGAUUGCGUACGAGGAGCCUGUUCCAAUGCAUUUACCUGCUCCGCCAGAAGUUCCGCCUGCAGAGCAUGCUCGUUCCCAGUCUCAGCCACAGCAGCCUCAAUCUCAGCAGCUACACCACCCCAACUCGUCUCAGCCGCAGCAGCCUCCCCGACUACCGCCCGUCAUCACACAAGCUUCGUCCAUGCACGCGGUACUCAUGGACGUCAAUCAGUUUCCGGACAACAAUCCCUCGACGCUUGUUGGCGUCUUCCAGGUGCGAGCGCAGACGCGUACACCUCCGAGGCCUUCGACGCCAUCCCAGCCGCCGCCGCCCCAGCCUGCAGUGCAGCUGCUGCCUACACCAGCAUCACAGCAUCCUACCCACGAACCGGCUUUUCAACCUACCGUGGCUGCAGAGGCAGAAGAGUCGCCUGCUGUUCGGCCUAUCGUGGCUGCGGAAGCUCCAAAAAGAUCCGCAGCCGCGCCCGACGAAGAGUCGGACGAGGAUGAAGACAUGGAGAUGGUCGAUGUCGACAGCUUUAUACAGGGCCUGCGGACAUGAGCAUUUGAGACCGUUGUGCACAUGUGUAACCUACCGCGUAUUGCUGUAUGAUUGAUGUCCGGAUCUCACUCAACUGCUGUGUCUUCGUUGGGCUGUGCCAACGGCAAGACGGUGUU